GACUAGAAAGAGAUCUCCUCUGUGCCCCGCCCCACUUGCAAACUCUGAUCCGGGAUUUAUUUAGCAAGGGAAGAGCGGAGCGAAAAUGGUCUCACAGUAGUUAACUGCAGCUGCGCACAUUGGUACUUCCGUCUCCGCCCCUAAGACUCAGGGCACAAUCUGUCAUGGCGGCCGGGCUGUUAAGGUUGUGCUCUCGCCGCCUUUUGGCGGCAGCGGCCACUCGAGGGCUCCCUGCUGCUCGGGUUCGAUGGGAAUCCAGCUCCUCCCGGGCUGUGGUUGCCCAGUCUGUUGUAGCGGGAAAACGGGCUCCAGAACCAGCCGCCCAAUGGCUGGAGGACCCCGAACCGGAGGACGAAAAUGCCUACGAGAAGAAUCCAGACUUUCAUGGUUAUGAUGAGAACCCUUCUGUGGACCUCUGGAACAUGCGGGCCGUUUUCUUCUUUGGUGUCUCCAUUGUCCUGAUUUUGGGCAGCACCUUUGUGGCUUAUAUGCCUGAUUAUGGGAUGCGAGAGUGGGCCCGCAGAGAAGCUGAGAGGCUGGUGAAGUACCGAGAGGCCAAUGGCCUCCCCCUCAUGGAGUCCAACUACUUUGACCCCAGUAAGAUCCAGCUACCAGAAGAUGAGGACUAAACAGUUGUUGAGUGGAGCUCAGAAGGGCUACCUUUCUAAUUAAAGCAGUAUCUAAUUAAAGCAGUUGAAAGUU